AUGAAUGAUGAUCAUGUUAAUGAAGCCAUCAUCAAAGCCACCAAAGGAGGGCUUCUUGAGUUUAUCAAGGAGAUAUUUGAAGUAGAUGCCCAGCUUCUUGUCCUUAUACACAAGCUUGAUGCAAAAAAGUCAAUUACAAAUGCUCGGGAUCAAUCUGGUAGCACUAUCUUGCACAUGGCAGCGAUGUUAGAACCUUCAACUACACGUGAUCGCAUUGCUGGGGAAGCUUUGAAGAUGCAGAGCGAACUUCGUUGGUUUAAGAUGCAGGAGGUGGAGACACAUUGCUUUCCUUGGAUUAACGAAAUUCGAAAUAAUCGAAAUAUGACACCCAAAGAACUUUUUACCCAUAACCACAAGGACAUGAGAGAGAAAGAAGAGAAAUGGAUGAAAGCCACUGUAACUUCCUGUACAGUGGUAGGAGCUCUCAUUAUUACCAUUAUGUUCAAUGCAGCAUUCACUCUUCCAGGCAGUAACAAUAAAGACAUAGGGUUUCCAAUGUUCCCACAAAAGAAGUUAUUGAUGGCAUUUAUCAUAUCUGAUGCAUUAUCACUCGUUUCUUCCUCAACUUCAGUAUUGGUCUUUCUGUUAAUCCUUACAUCGCGAUAUGCACAAGAAGAUUUUCAUCUAUCCUUGCCUAUAAAGAUGAUACUAGGCCUUUUCACUCUUUUUUUCUCUAUUGCAACUAUAAUGGUCUCCUUUUGUGUUGGUCUUUUCAUUAUGCUGCCUGGAAAAUUAUGUAUUGUCAUCCCUGUCACUGUUCUUGCUGGUGUUACUGUCAUCGGGUUUGGUUUCAUGCAGAUUCCCCUUCUUGUCGACAUGUUGAAGUCAACUGUCAAGGUAUGGUCGGCUCUCUAUGGUAGGAAAAGGAAACAUUUGUCUUAA